UCCCGCCCCGUCCCGGCCCCCGGCGCGGCCCUGCCCUGCGAGGGCCGGCAUGGAGAAGCUGCGGCGGGUGCUGGCCGGGCAGGACGAUGAGGAGCAGGGACUGACAGCGCAGGUCCUUGAUGCCUCAACACUCAGCUUUGGAACUCGAGUCAGAUGGUUUGCCAUAUGCUUUGUUGCUGGCAUUUUAUGUUCUUUUCUUGGAACAGCAUUGCUAUGGCUCCCAAAGGGCAUCAAACUUUUUGCAGUGUUCUACACCCUGGGAAAUAUUGCUGCUCUUGCCAGUACAUGUUUCCUGAUGGGGCCACUGAAGCAACUGAAAACAAUGUUUGAUCCGAAACGAUUAAUAGCUACGAUUGUGAUGUUGCUUUGCCUAAUAUUGACUCUGUGUGCUGUAUUCUGGUGGAACAAAAAAGGUUUGGCGAUGUUAUUCUGCAUAUUGCAGUUCUUGGCAAUGACCUGGUAUAGUCUGUCUUAUAUUCCUUUUGCAAGGGAUGCUGUGAUUAAAUGCUUCUCAUCCUGUCUAGGGUAAAUUAAAACCAGGAACCACUGUCCACUUUAAAAGGCAACUUUUUUCCUCUGUAAAUUUUACUCAAAAAACUCUAUACUUUGCCACUUCUGAAAAUACCCAGUAGCAGCAGAGUAUUUUCCUUGCCUUUUACACUUGGGAGAUUAAAUAAUUUUUACUAGAAACAGUUUUUAAAAUAAAUUCGGAGAAUUAUUUGUGUUUACCCUGGAACUUCCAGGCUUUUUUCUAACAAGAAAGUACAUUUAAGUACUUCAUACAGAGUGGUCUUAACACUACUUUGUAUCCAGUAAUAGUUUAUUCCCCAGUGGAGGCAAGUUACUAAGGCCUGGGUAGUGUGCAUAAAGGUUUCAUUUACAGUUCUGUCUAAAACUUGCAAUGUGCCAUUUAUGUUUGUAUAUUAUCCAUUGUAUGCUUUUCCAAAGAGAGUUUUAUAAACAUUGUAAAGAUUUGGAAGGUUUGUAAUUAACUGCUCCUUUGAAAUGUCUAUACAUGUGCCUUGUGGAAAAAACUUAAUGAGAAUGUGAAAGGAAUGUUUAAAACCUGUUGGAUUUUAUUAAAAAAGUUGUAUUUUAAAUGUUUUUUUUUUAAUUUCAUACCUAAAUACUUUUUACUGCAAGAACUUAUGACUAAUGUAUAAAUGGGACUUGUGAAAUAAAUUCAUUUUAAAAGUGCCUUAUACAUUAUUAUUUAGGAAUCAGCUAUAGAGGGCUGAAAAUUUCAGCAUUACUCUUGAAUAAAAAUGAAAAUAUAAAUGUUUGUAUAUGACUGUAUCCAAAUUUGUUUGAUAGAUUUUCAGAAGUGACCUUAAAGCUGCUUUUAGUAUGUAGACAGACUGUUCAUUCUGACUUAAUCUGGUAAUAGAUUGAAGUACUGUAACACUUUGCCUGGCUCCAGUAAGAGAUUCUCAUUUCUGAUUUUUCAGCUACAAACUCUCCAGUUAUUCUGGAGCAAAGUUAAAUCUUUAAUGUUUGGUUGAUAUUAUAUUGCAGGAGGUUCUUUUUUGCACAGGAUGGAUAUGCUUAUAUAUGUGUGUUCAAAACUGAGUUGGUUUGGAUUUUUUCUUCCGUUCAUCCACAAAUCUAGAAGAAGGAAUUGCUUUGAAAAGAUGUGAUCUGCAGUGUCAGGAAGGAGAAAACCUCAGUGUUUUCAGUAUUCAAAGUUCAGGCUAAAGAGACAAAUUGAGGUACAGUAUGUUCCUGUUGAGUAUCAGUGGUUGUUGCAAAAUAUAGCAACAACUUUUGGGGAAGCUGUGUACAGGGUGAUUGCAUUACUUUGCAGCUAGACUUCCAACUAAGCCACGCCCUUUAACUGGUUAGUAACAAUAAAUUGCCAGGGAGGCAUCGUCCCUGCUGGUGAUAGCCAGGGGCAGGUAGUCCUGGCCUCACAGCAGGGCUUGCUAGAGCUGUGUGAUGUAGGGACAGCUAUUCCAGCUCUGCCCAUGGCCCUUGGGUGAAUUUUUGGCUCCGUUUAGUUUUCAGCUUGCAUUGAAGAGGAAGCAAGAUGUGCGUGGGCAGUGAUGGGCAUCAUCCUGGAAGUGACUGCCCCUUCCCCAGUCGCUGCUGCUGACCUCAGCUGACUGGAAAGAUCCCGUCCCAUCCUGUCCCAUCCCAUCUCGUGUGCCAGGCUUUCAUUUGCUCCAGAGCUGGUUUUGCCCAUCACCCACCAGUUCUGGUGGUACACAAUCACCUUCACUAUAGUCUUUAAUUAGAGUUACAUUGGUUAUUCAGAAUUUAUUUAUUCAUUUAUCCACUGUGGUAAAUGAUGAAGUUACCAUUCAUGUGUUAACACUUAGAUCAGCAGGAGAGAAUGGGUUCAAGAACCAAAAUCUCCAUGUACUGGUAUGCUUCCAUAUGCACUUUGGUCUGUGUAGUUACAUCAUGUGCCUUCCUUGUUUUUUUUUCUCUCCUGAACAUUUAAGGGUUUACUUCCUCCAUCUGCAUACAGAGCACACACUCUGUGUUGUUUUGCCUGUAUCUUUUGCUCCUUUGCAUCCUGUCUUUGUUUACUGUGUAUGAGUAUUCCAAGAGCUCACAGUUGGGGAAUCUUCACAGUAUAGUAAUAACCAUGAUGAUAGUGUACAACCAUAGGCGUGAAGAUCUGUCCCUGUGGAUUGCAUACAUGCUACCCAUUUUUUGAUAAAGUUUUGGUACUGUAAUUAAAACAAUACUUUGAAAUAAAUACUGUAGAAAUUA